UAUCCUUUUCAGGUUAUGGUUCUAGAACUAGCUCAACAUGUACAGACAUUUCUCCGUGAUAACUACAAAGGUCCACAGAAAUCUUUUUAUGAAGAAAUGUUGAGUAACCAAUUAAAGCAACAAGAAAAACAAAAAUUAGAACAACAGAAAAGACUUGAUUUCCUGAAAAGAAAAGAAGAAAAAGAGAGACAGCUUCUAGAGGAUGAAAUUCAGAAGAGACAACAUGCUCUGAAAGAAGAAACAAAGAAAAUAAAGGAAACUAAACAGAUAUCUGAUGAGAAACCAACAGAUCAAGAGAAAGCUGUACCAGCUACUCCUAAUACAGAAGUACCAACAUGUUCCCCAAUUGGUACCCCAAGUACUCCUAGAAGACCAAGAAUGUCUCAUUCACCCUCCCCCUUAAUUGUACUGCCAAGUAAUGAGAAUAAAUAUAACCAGGAUAAGAGAAGAAGGAGGACCAGUACCCCAUUAAGAGAUACCGAUGAUUCUGAUCACCAAUGUAAAGAUCAUACUGGAGGGAUAGUGGUUAUAGCCUUCAAUACUAAAUCAGAGAGAACAAUACAUAGAGGCACAUGUUUAGGUCAUAGUGUCCAUGGUAGUACAGUGUAUGCUGGGAUAGAUACAGCCAGUGGAGAAUUAGUAGCUAUAUCAGAAUGGGUUUUAAAGUGGCGCCAUAUAAAACAGAAGAGAACUCAAAGAGUUGAUUAUGAAGAUAAGGAGGGCGCUACUUACUUAAAACAGAUUACAAGCAUUGAACAAGAAAUACACAGCUUGAUUCGAUUACGACAUAAAAAUCUAAUUCAUUACUUGGCAAUUAAGUAUAUACAGGAAGCUGGGAAAUGUACAGUUUAUAUUUUAAUGGAUUACUCUGGAGGUGCAAGUCUCAACAUACAUAUAACAGAAUCACGUCCAUUGUCAGUAGAUAUCAUCAAGGCUUACACAGAGGAGAUUUUGUAUGGAUUAGAAUAUUUACACAAAAAAGAUGUGGUACAUAAGUAUCUAAGGGCUUCCAGUAUAGUUGUUGAUAAGAAUGGUAGAAUUAGGAUUGGAGAUUAUAGUAUAGAUAAGAGGCUGUCUGAUCUAUAUUAUGCUGUGGAGUCCUCCCGACCUGGUGUCCAUUUUUCAGGAGAUAGAGAACUGAUACCAGUUAGGGGAGGAAAGAAAGGAGAUGUUUACCAAUUGGGUUUGAUCCUGUUAUCUGUAGCUAUUGGAUUGGAUGCUGAUCCAGACAAGCCAGAAAUACCACAAAAUUUCCCUCCUGUGUUUCAAGACUUCUUAACAAAAUGUUUGAUGAAAGAUGAGAGACAUCGCUGGUCAGUCUAUCAAUUAUUGGACCAUAGUUUUAUCAAAGAAGAAUUACCACACACCAUUCAUUACGCUCCUCACAAACCAGCUGCUACAGAAGAAAACGAGAAAAAACAAGAUGUAAACAAAGACAAUGAUUCAGAAGAUGAUGACUUAGCAGAUUUACCCUUCAUCACAGCCUUGGAGGCCAGUGGACAGUCCCGUCUAACUAAUGAAUUUGAAGUCCUUAGGUCCCUAGGGAAAGGAGGAUUUGGUGAUGUCAUUGAGGUUAGGAAUAAACUAGAUAGAAGAAAGUAUGCUAUUAAAAGAAUACCAUUGAAUCCUAAAAGUAAAUACUUCAACAAGAAAAUUACCAGGGAGGUCAAAUUACUGUCUCGUCUCAAUCAUGAAAACGUUGUCAGGUAUUAUAAUUCGUGGAUCGAGACUAGUGAGGAUCCAGCGCUCAGUGACUCGUCAACAUCUUGCUCCACAACCACAGGCACAGGUACCACUGGAAAAACUCAAACGACCAGCGAUAGCAGUUCCUUAAUGAAGAAUAGUCUGAAUUUUACGGAUGACAUUGAGAAGUUUGCUCCACAAGCUCGAGAUGUGUCCGUAGAGUGGAGUAUGUCCUAUAAUACGACAGGAAUACAGAAAAUACACAAUGAUUCGUCAGAUUCAGAAGAUGAAGCUGAAGUAUUUGGAACAUCUUUCUUUGGAAAGAUGGACACUUCAGAUGAUGUACUGUUUGAACAUGAUAGUUCUGACAAGUCUGAGGAUGAGGAAGCUGGUAUUAAUAAAAGUAAUAAGAACAUAGAACCAGAACAAGUAGCCAAGUUACAAUAUCUAUAUAUACAGAUGGAGUUUUGUGAAAGAAGUACAUUACGCAACUGUAUUGAUGCUGGGUUGUACUUGGAUAUCAAUCGUCUGUGGAGGUUUUUUAGGGAAAUUGUUGAAGGUCUGGUACAUAUACAUGAACAGGGUAUGAUUCACAGAGAUCUUAAACCAGUGAAUAUUUUCUUAGAUUCUAAUGACCAUGUAAAGAUUGGAGACUUUGGUUUAGCUACCACAAGUGUCCUGGCAUCUCAACCCAAUAUAGAUGCUACUAUGUUCAGUUUAAGUGCAUUAGAAUCUCGGGAAGGUGUAUCAAAGUCAAUGUCAAGGUCAGAUGGAGCAGGGGACUUAACUGGGAAGGUUGGAACUGCUUUAUAUGUCAGUCCAGAGAUGAUGACAAAAAUGUCAUAUAGUCAGAAAGUAGACAUGUACAGUUUAGGGGUGAUAUUCUUUGAGAUGUGUUACAGGCCCUUAACUACUGGUAUGGAGAGAGUUCAGAUUUUGGCUAACCUUAGAAGUAUGGAUAUUGUUUUUCCUGAAGACUUUGACCAGCUAGAAAUGAAAAACCAGACAGGUAUAUUAAAAAUGUUGAUGAACCAUGACCCCUCACAAAGACCAACAUCGGCAGAAUUACUUAAAUCGGAAUACAUGCCACCUCCACAGUUAGAGGAGGCGGAACAGAAUGAGAUCUUACGAUCUACGAUAUCUGAUCCUCAUAGUAAAGCAUACAAACGUCUCAUCAAUGAGUUGUUCUCACAGACCAUUACCUCAGCAGACGACCAUCUGUAUGAUAGUGAUUUUCAUAAGGGUGGUAUUACAAUCAAAACAGCUUUAACCAAUGAGUUAGUAUAUGAAAACCUGAUCAGAAUAUUUCAGAAACAUGGUGCUAUCCCGGUGUUAUCUCCCUUUUUCAUGCCUAAAUCAUCAGUAUAUGACAAAUCAGAGAAUUAUCCCUGUUUUAUGGACCACAGUGGACUGCUUAUUGGACUUCCAUUUGAUCUUAGGGCACCAUUUGCUAGAUACAUUGCUAGAAAUAAUAUCACAAAUUUAAAAAGAUAUUGUAUUGGGAAAGUAUUUAGAACAAAGAAACUACAUAAACUACAUCCCAGAGAACUGACAGAGUGUGCUUUUGAUAUAGUAACCUCUUCUCAAGGGAGCUUGAUACCAGAUGCAGAGAUACUGAUCAUUGUACAGGAAAUCAUUAAUGAGUUCCCUGCAUUACAGUCUAGAAGUUACUAUGUAAAGAUCAACCAUGUGACCAUAUUACGAGCAGUACUGAUGCAUUCUGGUAUAGAAGAUCAUUUAUUUGAUGAUGUUAUGACAGCAUUAAGUGGACCAAAGGUAGACAGUAAAACACAUACCAAAUCUUUAAACUCCUUAGGACUUUCAGAACAAGUUAUAUCAUCUUUACUUAAUUUUUUGGAAAUGGAAGGACCAUUUUCAAAGAUUUCAAGCUUUUUGAGAUGUAUCACAAAAACAAAAGGGGAGGCGGCAUCAUUAGCUAAACAAGGAUUACAUGAAUUAGAAACUGUUAUAAACCAUGCUGUGUCUAUGGGGUGUAAACUUCAGAUGAUUGUUUCCCUAGGAUUUUUGUAUAGUGUUCAUCAGUAUUCCGGUGUCAUUUUCCAAGUCAUGUGUGACCAUAGGAAGAAAAAUCGUAACAUUCCAGAUGUGCUAGCUGUUGGCGGCAGAUUUGAUGACUUGAUCUCAAAAUUUCAUUCACCCAUUACUCAUUCAUUAUCACAACAAUACAGUAUUACCCAGCAUGCAGUUGGAGUUAGCAUUCAUUUUGAAAAAAUUGUCUCAGCAUUAGUGGAUUAUCCAGAGUACCAGCCAAGUACUCGCUGUGAUAUAUUAGUAUGUGCCAUAGGACAUAAACCAAUGUUAAAGGAUAGAAUGACCAUCAUUAAAGAUUUAUGGGCUGCUGGUCUAAAGGCAGAAUUACUGCUGGAAACUAUUCAGGCACAAGAAGAUAUACAAGAUAUUUGUAGAUCGGCUGGUAUAUCACAUAUGGUGGUCAUCAAAGACGGAGAUAGUAUAAAGGUCAGAUCAAUUGAUAAAGACAAGAUAGCAGAGAAGAAGCUGACACCCAAUGAUCCAUCACUGACUGAGUUCUUACUGCAAAAAAUACAAUCAAAUAAAAUUGAACAAAAUGACACAAAGAGCCAGUUAGGUGUGUGCAAUAUUACAUUUUCUCAGCCUCAUUCUGAAACUGUCCAAUCACAAUCAAACUCUUCAAACAUGACCUUGAACUUCAUCUUCAUCAUGAUGGAAGGAAAGCUUGCUCUCAAUACCAGAAAGAAGUAUGAACUACAGAUUCAUGGGAAGGUGACGACCAGUUUGUCAUGGUUACCUGGGAAGACAUGUGACGUGGUGGCAGUAGAACUGAAUGUGUCAGUUAUAAAGACAGUUGCUGCCUAUCUUGAGUUGAAUGGUAACCAAAAGGAUUUUAACUUGAGUAUCAGCAGUAUUAUAGAAAAGCAUCCAAAACAUCGUAAAUAUCUGAGUAAUGUAUUUGAUCAGAUAUUCGAGUUAAAGUUUGAGAGGAAGACUGGUAAUGAUAAAGGGUGUGACUUUAUAGUAUUAUAUGGACUAAAAGAUGAUAGUGUCAAACUUUUGUCAUGACCAAGGAACAGGGAUACUCAUAUUUAGUCUGUGAUAAAUUUAUGUAUAUUAUGUACAUUGUACUAGAAAAUGUAUAAAAUGAUCAUUUAGGGUCAAUAAGGGUAUUAUAUUUUAUGAAUAUUAUAUUUAUGCCAAAUUUUAUUUAAGUUUUUAUGAAAUAUAUGAAUUGUCACAUUCUGUCAAGAUUUCAAGAAAAAAACUUUGAGUGAAAGAAAGGAAGCCAGUCUGUAUUUAAUUUUAUACCUUACAAAAUAAAAUUAUUUUCCUUUGUAAAAUUUAAAAAAAUGUAUACUGUAAAAUGAAAUACCAUGUCUGUGUUCAAACUGUACUUCAAUCUUGUUUGAAAACAAGUACAAUGAAAAUAAUUUGUUGAUUAGAUAUUGGAAACAGUUUUUAUUGGUUUUAGUUUCAGGUUAUAUGUAAGAGUUCAGUUUUAUUCUAAUGUUUGUUGAUAGUACUGUUAUUAAUUAAUAGUACUUCAUUAAAAUUUCAAACCAACUUAAGCCAACUUCAUAUAUUAUGUACCAGUACUGUAUGUCUUAAAUAAUGUUCCUUUCAUGAUUAAACAGAGGAACACAAAAAGUAGCUUUGGUCCCUUUUUAUUCUCAUAGAAUGUAGCUUGUUUAACUUCUUUUGUCCAGCAGGUGACACACUUAGAAAGAUAUAUAGUAAAACAAAUUGGACACAAUUUUAAUACUGGGACUUUUAAGGAAUUAUUACUAUUUAACACAUGCAGUAGUGGAUUAGGGUGGAGGUGGCCAAAAAAUUAAAAAGAUAUAUUAAAU